GGUGGCGCGCCAGCCGCUGUAGCCUAUAGUAAACAACAUGGCGACAGGCUUUGCAGGUCACGUAGCAAAUUCUGGAAUAAAGCAGCGCUACAUCCCAGACGAAGAUCCUGAAUAUGAUCCUUCGCUGCCGUAUGGAGGGAAAGUGUUUCUAGCGAGGAAAAAGAAGCCAGAUCCAUUUCACAUUCGUGCGUUUGAGGCGUUUGCCAUUUUUGCAACUGUGGCAUUUGCAAUCUACGCUUACUUCUACUUUGAUCACCUGCAUUUUCAUGUCACACAUGCAUACGCCCACCUGGGGUACCCCUCAGCACAACAUCAAGUUGGACAAAGAUACCUGCAUGGCAAGGGUGUGGACAAAGACCAUGAGAAGUCCAUGGAGUGGUUUCGGAAGGCUGCCGAACAAGGCCACGCUCAUGCCUCAUACAACCUGGCAGUGGGUCAUUUGAAGGGGAUCAAAACAGACCUAAAACCAGGUGAAGCCCACAAGUUGAUCCAUCAUGCAGCAUCGAAAGGGGUGAAGGAAGCUCACAAGGUUCUCAACAAUGUCUGCACACGUGGUGGAUGUACCAACUAGAUUUCUGAUGGCUUGCUGCAACUAAAUUCCUUGGAGAGCACAGUUUACUGAAAAUGAAUCUUUGCUUAGGCACCCAAAAUACUAAAGAUAGUUGUCCGGCCAUAAAAACUUUGUUGCUAUCGUUUUCUCACAGUUAUGUAGCUGAUCUGGUUGUUUUUCAUGGUUUUUAGUGAUUAGUUUUAUAAUAAUUAUGAAUUAUUGAAACACUUUAUGUAAAGUGUUGUUUCUUAGUAGAUAAAAUCAAAAUCAUGAACACUGACUUUGAAAAUUUCUAUUCAUUGAGAAUUCUUAGGAGGUGCG